AAAUCCGUGUAAUAAUAGUAGUUGUAAGAAGUCAUCGUCGUUGAUACAGUGUGUAGAGAGAGAAAGAGAGAGAAACAAGAAAAGAUAACCAAACAAAUAUAGAAAAAAAGGAGAAAACAUAGAGAAAUAGAGGAGCCUCUUCAACUUUAACUUGGGCUUUGUUCUAUCCGUCUAAAAUGGUGGAUUCACACUUAGCUUUGAAAUUCAGGUGUAACAAAAUUGUAAAGCUAGGAUUUGGUAAAGUUGAAGGCUUUUUAGUAGUAGUUGACUAUUAGAGUUGAAAUUUGGAGAAAAAAAUCAAAUGGGUGGUGACAAUGAGGAAGGAAAUAGUGAUAUGGUGCAAAGACUUCAAUCAUCAUUUGGUACAUCAUCUUCUUCACUCCCUAAACAACACCAAUCUUUAUUAUCAAUGAACCAAUUAGACAUACCCCAAUUGACUAGUACUUCCCAAUUUCGUUGUCAAAUGAGGCAGUUUCCCCCCAAUUUUAGUGUUGAAAAUAGUACUACUAAAAGAGUAGGCAUACCGCCUUCUCACCCACAAAUGCCCCCUAUUUCACCUUACUCUCAGAUCCCUGUGACAAGGCCUGUGAAUCAGCAAAUGGGAAUGCAGAAUUUUACUAGUCCAGGGCCAUCGCAUUCGCGAUCUUUAUCACAACCGUCGUUUUUCUCAUUGGAUUCUUUGCCACCCUUGAGCCCUUCACCGUAUAGGGAAUCCUCGUCGACGUCCAUGUCUGACCCUAUAUCAGCUGAUGUGUCAAUGGGUGAUCAGGAUGGCAAUUCACAUUCUUUAUUGCCCCCCUCGCCUUUCACGAGGUGUAAUUCGUCGAGGGCGGGAGAGAGUCUUCCUCCUCGUAAGGCUCAUAGGCGGUCAAAUAGUGAUAUCCCAUUUGGCUUUUCUGCAAUGAUGCAGUCCUCACCACCUCUUGUUCCGUUAAGGAGCCCUGGUUCUCUUGAAAGGUCAGUUCCUUCAAGGGAAAAACCAAUUCAGUUGGUUAAACGGGAAGCUAUGUGGGAUAAAGGAAAUGAUAGCAAUGCUGAAGGGAUGGGUGAGAGGAAAUCUGAAGGAGAAGUUGUGGAUGACCUGUUUUCCGCGUAUAUGAACUUGGACAACAUUGAUGCAUUAAACUCUUCUGGGACUGAUGACAAGCUGGGCAAUGAGAACCGUGAAGAUUUAGAUAGUAGAGCGAGUGGUACAAAGACGAAUGGUGGUGAUAGCAGUGAUAAUGAAGCUACAAGCAGUGUGAAUGACAGUGGCAGCAGUAUGCAGAGGUUAGGGAUAUCUUCUUCUGUUGAGAAGAAGGAAGGGAUCAAAAGGAGUGCUGUGGGAGAUAUCGCUCCGACCACAAGGCACUACAGGAGUGUUUCGAUGGAUAGUUUUAUGGGGAAGUUAAACUUCGUUGAUGAUUCACCAAAGUUGCCUCCGUCUCCUGGACCGCGCCCAGGCCAACUCUCACCGACCAGUUCGCUUGAUGCAAAUUCAAACAGCUUCAGUAUGGAAUUUGGAAAUGGUGAAUUUAGUGGAGCUGAAUUGAAGAAAAUUAUGGCAAAUGAGAAACUUGCAGAGAUAGCCUUAGCAGAUCCAAAGCGGGCCAAAAGGAUUUUAGCCAACCGUCAAUCUGCUGCUCGUUCAAAAGAGCGAAAGAUGAGAUACAUUGCGGAGUUAGAACACAAGGUGCAAACACUGCAGACUGAAGCCACCACAUUGUCUGCUCAACUGACACUGUUGCAGAGAGAUUCUGCUGGGCUAACGAGCCAAAACCACGAGCUGAAGUUUCGUUUGCAAGCCAUGGAGCAGCAAGCUCAACUCCGUGAUGCUCUAAAUGAAGCAUUAACUGCUGAAGUACAACGGUUGAAGCUUGCAACCGCUGAGAUAAGUGCAGACGCUGCCAAGUUUCAGCAGCUUUCUCUCAAUCCUCAGAUGUUCCAGUUGCAGCAACAGCAGUCAACUCAGCUAAACAUGCAUCACUUGCAGCAGCAGCAACAACAACAAUCGUCUCAGCCUCCACAACAUGCACAGCAGCAACUUAACAGCUCUACACCUUCAAAGAAUGAAUCGAAGUAGCAGCUUUUGGGAAUUUCUGGUCUUCGUAAUAUUUAUAUUAGUUUCUUGAUAGAUGUUGCAAGAGGUACUGUCAUUCAAUUGCAUUCAUUCAUUAGUUCUGCAUUACUAGAAAACACGCUAAAGACAUCGUAUUUAUCUAUAGGACAUGCAUGUUCGUUGGAGUAACUAAGUCACGGAGAAUCUUUUGAUGUAUACAGUUCGUUUUUUGUUCAACAAGGAUAUUGAAUUCAAGGUCAUGAUAACUCAUUUUGUUGUUACGUAAGUUAAAUGAAAUUGAACUGGCCUGCUUUUUGUUCAACAAGGAUAUUGAAUUGAAAAUGAAAUUGGCCUGCUUUUUGUUCCUUCGA